AUGCCUCUCACAUGGCUGGUGCUUCUGGGUAUCUGCUGUUGUUGGCAUAUGACGGACUCCCAGUUGGUAUACAAAUUGAAUAAGAUCGAGUGCCUACCAAACCAGUCGCGGGUUAAAAAUGUUACCUGCAAAGUGAAGGCGGUUAAUUGGAAUACGGCAGUGGUGAACAUGGACUGCUACCUAAUUUUUCCUGUAAAUGACCCAACAAUUCGAGUGCAAGUGUUUAUGAAGGACUACAGCAACCAGUUCAAGCCCUUCUUGAUUGACGCGACUUUCAAAUUAUGCGAGGUGGUCGAAAGGAGGAGUUUUCUGCCCUAUGGCGUCAUGGUUUGGGAACUUUUUAAGAGUUUCACGAAUGCCAAAAGCUGCCGUUUUUCGCCGGGUCAGGUGAGCGCAAGGAACGGGUAUCUGAACACCAGUUACGUUCCGCCGUUCCCCCAUGGACAGUACAAAAUCAUCCUGAUGUUCAGUGAUUCCAAUUCUACGAAUACUGAAAAUGUGGGCAGCGUAAAGUUCUUCGUUCAGGCGAUGGACCAAAUAAAAAGUAAAAAGCGCCCUCGAGGUACAUAA